AUGUACCAAUAUGGUUAUGCACGGACAUCCGAGUCAUCCGCUAUGCGCCAUCAAAAUGUAAUGAAGCCCAUUGUUUAUCGUGGGCAGCUUUCAAGUUCUGCUACUUGCCCUGGAUCUCUGUAUACGUGUGAUUUUCAUGAUGACGUCCAAAAUGCUGCACAAAAGCACGCAGGAGUGAUACAUGGACAGAUGGACCUAAUUUCUAACCAGAAUCCUUAUUACCAUCCACAUCCUGUAAUAACACAUCUAAAUCUUUCCGUUUACCCUAAAUCGUCACUUUGUGGGGCGUUGUUUGACUGCCCUUCAAAUGCGUCUUCACCUGGCUGUGCAGCUUCGUCACCAGUCUGCCAUUCAGGGACUUAUGGGACUGCUGAGUCUCUGCAGAGUAGUUCUAUGCCGACGCCACAUACGCUUGGUUUAUCUGGGCAUCAUGUUCCUUGCAAUCCAAGUGGUGCUUUUCCAAACUUUUCUACAACAGAUAGGAUGCAUGGGAGUUCAUCCGCACAUAGGCUUACUCAUAGUCACAGCGCACAAGAUGCAGGGAGUUUUAUGUUUCAGUCGCUUUUUCCGUCCCCGGUCAGAUACUACAUCGCUAUGGGUCGCACUUAA